UCCCAAACAAUCAUAAGAAGAGAGAGAGAGAGGAGCCUUUGUGAGGUUUCUUCAGCUUCGGUGGUAAAGUUUUCUUUGAAGAGAAACAGUUUCUUUAGCAGCUUUCUAGCUACCUUCCUUCUUUCAAAGUCUCUUUAUUUGAAUCGCAAUGGCUCGCUCUUUUUCAAAUGCAAAGGUUCUUUCUGCUUUGAUCACCAAGGCAAUCAACAUGCGAGGGUUUUCAGCGGCAGCCGCUGCACCACAAGGAGUUGUGUCCAGCGUGCCAAGAGGAGGAGCUUCCAUGGUCAAGAAAACAGCGGAGGAGAAUAUUGGUUCCGCCGAGAAGGUCUCGUGGGUUCCAGACCCUCGUACCGGAUUCUAUAAACCAGAAAAUAUAGCUGAGGAGAUUGAUGCGGUGGAACUAAGAGCUUUGUUGUUGAAGAAGCAUUGAACAUAUAAAUAAAUGAAGUCUUAUUCUUGAUUAUAGAUAUUGAAUUGAGAUUCAAGAAACAAGAAAGGAUGGAUAUGUCAAGAAUCUGCUAGAGUUUUACUUUAAAUCUUUGUUGUGGCUCCUCUGUCCUCUCUGUUUAGGACAAGAAGAAUUUUUACCUUAUUAUUCUUCUUUAAUGUAGGAAUUAAGAUGAUUUAAUUCAAUUUAGUGCACUUUUCUUUGGA